AUGGCGGGGUUUGAGUUUGAUCUCAGGACAGCAGUGGUUCUGUCCGCAGUAUCAACAUAUGCUUUAGUCCAAUAUCGGCCCGGGUUGCUUUUAUUCUCGAAUCCAACGUAUAUAGGAACUUUCUUGCAGCUAUCGCUUCUUCAAUUCUUUGCCUGGAGUUUCUGGAGAGUUAUAAUAUGGCCGAAGUUCAUAAGUCCGUUGAGACAUCUCCCUGAACCUACUGGCGGUAGUUUUUGGAAUGGUCAAUUUCCUGCAAUCCUUAAGAGACCUACUGGCGCUCCGAUGGUUGAUUGGAUCAAUACUGUACCAAACGACGGUGUCAUUCGCUAUUUAGGGUUCCUUAAUUCCGAGCGUCUUCUCGUCACGUCACCAAAAGCGCUCAGUGAAGUCCUUACCACCCGGGUCUAUGAUUUCAUUAGGCCAGAGGAAGUCACAACGAAUCUGGGGCGAGUCCUCGGAAUCGGAGUCCUGCUAGCCGAAGGAGAAGAGCAUAAAUUCCAGAGAAAGCAUCUUAUGCCGGCCUUUGCUUUCAGACACAUCAAAGAUCUAUAUCCAAUAUUCUGGACGAAAGCCAGAGAAAAUGUGGAGAAGAUGAUGGAACUGAUAAAUGCCGGUGCAAGCAAAGAUACCACUGGUGACGUGCGGGAAAAUGAGAAUGCCGAUGAAGAUACGGUAGUUAUUGAGGUGCAAGGCUGGGCCUCGAGGGCAACUCUUGAUAUCAUUGGGCUUGCUGGCAUGGGGAAGGAUUUUGGUGCCAUUCAGGACUCAGAGACACUGCUCAGCGCGACAUACCAGAAAAUCUUCUCGCCCUCGAGAGGGAUGAUUAUUUUAGGGCUCAUGGGCAUGUUCCUACCAGCAUGGUUUGUGAAUUCACUACCAUUUGAAAGAAAUGGGCAGAUGGAUAGUGCUGCCACUACCAUCCGAAAUGUUUGCCGGCAACUGAUCCGAGAGAAGAAAGAGAAACUCGACAAGAACGAGUUAACAGAUGUGGAUAUCUUAAGUGUGGCAUUAGAGAGCGGCGCAUUUACGGAGGAGAAUCUCGCCGACCAGAUGAUGACCUUCUUAGCCGCUGGCCACGAAACCACGGCCUCAUCUAUGACUUGGGCAAUAUACAUGCUCUGUCUGCACCCAGAGGUCCAAACCCAACUGCGUGCAGAGAUCCACGCAAAUCUUCCUAGCUGGAGCGCAGAUACAGGAAUUACCAGCCAGCAAAUCGACCACAUGCCGUACCUCAACGCUGUGUGUAGUGAGGUCCUCCGCUAUUAUGCACCCGUUCCCCUUACACCCCGCAUUGCAGGUUGCGACACUACCAUACUCGGCCACAAGGUUCCGAAGGGUACUCGUGUCAUGCUCGUUCCCUGGGCAGUCAACAGAUCUGAGGAGCUGUGGGGUCCCGACGCUCGCAAAUUCAACCCCGAUCGCUGGUUGCCAUCUGAAGACAACCCUCAUAGCGCCAGCGGCGGUGCAUCGAGCAACUACUCAUUCUUAACGUUUUUGCAUGGACCACGAAGUUGCAUAGGGCAAGGAUUCGCCAAGGGUGAGUUUGCCUGUUUACUGGCUGCGUGGGUUGGGAAGUUUGAAUUCGAGCUUAAUGAUGAGAGGGAGAGGGAUGAGGAGAAUAUGGAUAUUAAAACCGGUGCUACUGCUAGGCCUGCCAAAGGGUUGUAUGUUAAGAUGAAGGCUGCGGAGGGUUGGUGA